ACCAGUUAAUAUCUGCGUUGCGUUUCUAGCGCAAAACAGUCCAAAUUGUCAGCUCGUUGGCUGAGCAUCGCAGUAGCUCUCCUCCAAAGUUAAGCGUUUAGUGCCCACUGGGACCACAUUUGCAUCACCAAAUCUCCGAGGAUCUACCACGGCAGUUAAUAUGGCAAAAAUAAUAAUCAGUGCUCUGUUGUGCGUCGCCAUGUUUGGUUCGAUGGUUCUCGCCUCACCGGAAUGCCCCACGCCCAACGGACGAUUUGCAUCGGGGGAUCAGUGUGACGCCUACACCGAGUGCCAGGACGGCACCCCCGUCGAGAAACUCUGUCCGGAUGGCCUGUUGUUCCACCAGCGCACCAAGGCGACCGGGGAGUGCACAUACGCCCCCUAUUCCACCUGCAAGGAUCGGGCACGUCUGCAGCCCGCAAACGGAACUGACGACUGUCCACGCCAGUUCGGCUUCUAUCCGAACGGAGACCCGACCAAGUGCGGCGUGUACCGCAACUGUGCCCAUGGCGUGGCCAGCCUGACCAAGUGCCCCGAGGGACUGGCCUUCAACCAGGAUACCUACCAGUGCGACUGGCCCGAUCUUGUGGCCGACUGCAACGCCGAAGCCUACCUGGGCUUCAACUGCCCCGCCGCUGAUCCGAUCGAUGGUACUGCCCCCGAGGUGGACGUCAGCCCGGAGGGGGAACUGCGCUACUACCGCCACCCCCAGACCUGCAAGAAGUACUUCGUGUGCGUCAACGGGCAUCCUCGUCUCUACAACUGCGGCAAGUACUUGGCCUUCAAUUCGCAGACGAAGCUGUGCGACUUCUACAACAAGGUUCCCGAGUGCUAUGCCCUGCUCAAGGAAAAGCAGCGACUGAAGGCGGAGAAGCAGGUCCCCCAGGUGGCUCAGCAGGAGGCCUAGGCUCUUGAAGGAGCCGGACGAAUCGCAGAGGCUGCAAUCUAUACACUUCCUGUGCAAUGAUUAUUACGUUGUAAAUAUGUAACUGUCAAUUGGUUACGCAAUGAAUAAAUAAGUAAUCUAUAAAAUCUCGUAGAGAUUUUCAUAUCCUAAA